AUGGCAGGAAUUCUAUUGAUGACGGAAAAAAGUGCUGGACAAGCAAUACCGAUAGUAGAUUGUUCAUCAAAAUGUUCAUCUGAGUGUUCCAGCAGCGGCAAAUCUUAUGUUCUCUCUGCAAUGAGCGGUAGUUUAGUUGCUGCCUUGUUUCUAAACGACAAACCUUCUUAUGCAUCUUCUGCUGCACUAUUUGGAUUGAUUGGCACUAUGCUUUCAGCUCUUGUCCAAAACUGGACAACUCACUACAAUAAGUUGACAGCUAUUGCAGUUUUAGUAUCUGUUUCGAUAAUCAAUAUUGUACUGGGCUUGCUGCUAUUUUUUUGGGAUCAAUAUUUUUUGUUUGUCGUGUGCAGAAUGGUGGGGACUGUUGUGACUGUUUCUUGUGAUGUUAAUAUAAGGGAGUACUAUUGGUGGUGUAAAUAUUUGGAUUGUGUUCCUUCCAAAUGGUGGAGCUAUAAUGGAGAUCAAAUGAAGUGUGAGAUGGGUGUGAGUACAUGGAAAUUGACACUGACUUGCAUGAGUAGUAGUGAUAGGUAUAUGGACUUUCCAUUCACCAAUAUAUCGCAAGUUAGAGUCCAUGAUUUGUGUGAUAUGAUAUGCUCCUCUCCUCUCCUUGUUUAUGAUUCUUUCUUUUCUUUCUUUCUUUGUAUAAGAAUUUGUGACAAAUUACAUGCUUUUAGGUUAUACAGAAAUUUAAUUUGACCAAAUAUAUAGUAGUUUUACAGUUAAUAACAUGCUAUUAGAAAAUUGAUCAACAUCUGAACGGAUUUGUUUGCGGUAGAGAAAAGGUCACUGAUUUUGUUACGUUUUCAGUAAAAUAUUAUUGUUGGGCAGAAGACAAUACUCAAAAUGGGUGGAGCAUUGGGAAAAUAGAAGACUUCAAUCUAAAAGGCACCGAUAAUAUCAGAGAAGGUACAACUCUUUCAUUUUCUAUUCUUUAUGUUUUCGUGAUCUCCUAAAGAAGAUUUAGGAGUCAUGCAUACAGAGCAUACAUAACUGUUAGAAUUCUCUUCCAGAUUCAUCUCUAACCAAAACUUUUUCGAAACUUCUUAGCUUAUCCUUGAUUUCUUAAUUUUAUUUGAAAAGGGCUGAAGUUUAAGAAAUGGAUAUAUUAUGAUAUGU